GGGUGGAAUCACACAAUGGCUCCCAGGUGUGCAGCUGCCAAUCAUCUCACCUGGCUGCAAAGUGAAAAGUUUGGUCUCCUCACUCAGACAGGUUUAGCAGUUGGUUUGAAGAUGAGGACAGCUGCUGUCAUCGUUGGCCUCACCCUGAUCUGCUUCACCCGUGGAGCAGUUGAAGUGGAGUGGGCCUGCAGGGAUCGUUAUCUGUGGAUCCACGUGACCUCCAAACAGACGGUCCAGUUUGAGGCUGUAGAUGACAAUGGUGUCCAUGCCGUCAGUGCACCGGAGGCCUCACACUGCGGUUACACCAUCAGCACCUUGGCGGAUGGAUACACCACCUUAAGAGCUUCUUACUACUCCUGCUUCACACACACGCAGGAUGACCACUUGUUCACUUUUCAAUUUAACGUGAUGCUGAGUGACGGUGCCGAGUGGAUCAGCCGACCGCUUUCAGCCACGUGUUCCGGUCUCAGCUGGCUUCACCGAGAGAUCGUAUGUGAGGAGGACUACAUGGAGGUGAACGUGCAGCGAGAAUCUUCAUGUGCCGCUCAGCCAGAUGGAGCCGGACGAGAGUGGCAUGCCGCCUUGUCCCAGGCUCGGAAGAUUGCGAGCUCGGCUCUUCAGCUGAUGUUCCUGCAGCGUGAUGGACAAUUGACCCCCAUGUCGGUCAUGGAGGCGGAGAGUAGAGGUUACAGCCUGACCCUGAGCGCCAAGCGGGCAGUGCUUCGAUCGCCGUACAAUUCUGCAAAGGCACAGUUGAUCACGUUGGACGGCGUCCCUGUAGAGGUGGUCCAUGCGUCUCUGUUCUACAAGCAGCAGCUAACGGUGGUGAUGAUUGACAUGUCGAUGGCCUGCACAGUCAAUUCUGGUUCUUUUGAUGGCGCUCGGCUGGUCUGGGAUGUCCCCCGGGUGCUAAAGCCUCUGCUUGAAGAAGGGGUUGAAUUCAAACAUCUGCACCACAGUCUGGGGGUGGGAGGUGUGCUGAUGGAUGAGGCUAGCAUUGCUGCUAGAGGUUUCAGUCUGGCUCGGCAAGAAAAUCUGGUCCAAAUCGUGGUUCCCUUUGGAGUUGAGGGGGGCUACAAAAAGAGUUUGGUGGUAAACAACGUGUACAAGGAGAAAUUUGUGAUCUCUCUUCUAUACGAGCAAAUGUUCUCAGUGGUGUAUCAAGAUGGCAGCAGCGUUGAUACCAAACACAGAACGCACCGGGUGCUUGACACGCCACUACGCUGUCGUUUGCCCUUCAGCAUUGACCAGACGGUGAGUGAGGAGCAGGUGUUUAACGUCUACCUGGGAAAUAUUCCCAGAGAUGUCAUUUUAGAAGAAGUCCAAAUCAACGGGAAGCUGUUGGAGACGGACCAACAACAAACUGUCGUCAGUCCCGUCAUUCAUCCCAACGGCAGUCGAGCUUACCAACUCAAAGUCCCGUUUCCAGAUGCCGUAGUUCAGAAGAUGUAUGUGGGUGAAGGUAUGGUCCAGUUCUCCAUUGAUGUCAACUUCACUUUAACCAUCAUGCCCCAGAGGGACUCCUACUAUCAUCAGACCUUUAUCACAGCUCGAGCCUUUAGUGCAUUUCCACCAGAGAUCACAGCUCGGUGUUCUGACCGAGGAAUCUUCUUCAGUGUCAUCGCACCCCGUCAAGCUGAGUCACUGUGGGAGGUGGGCGUCCACAAUGAGCCGCUGACGUCCGAACUGGCCACUCAAAGGGGGUACAAACUCCUCAACGAUGGUCAGAAAACCAUCCUGGAAGUUCCGGUGUUUUCCGUGGGAUACACCUAUGAAGACAUCAACUUAUCAAACUUUUAUGGGACAUUUAAGCUGCUCCUUCGAGAUGCCAGAACUUUGGAGGUUCAGACCUCCACAUCAAAGCAUUGUCUCUUCAAAACCGAAGACAUGAUAGUCUGCUCUGCAGAUGGCACCAUGACGGUGGUGACGACGCCAACAUCCACCUGGCCCACAGUGGACCCUGAAAGAACCAGUCUCCUAGACCGCACCUGUAGACCCAAACAGACUGACAUGUCUAGGGUCCUUUUUGAGUUCAAGCUGGACUCCUGUGGGACCAGGACCACGGUUGGAGACUCUUACGUGGUUUAUGAGAAUGAGAUCCUUCAUGACAGACAGCUUAUUGCAGAUGGUCCGACUUUCAUAUCCAGAGAUUCUCAGUUUAAGUUAACUGUCAGGUGCUUCUAUCCACUCAGUGGAAUCAGCAGACUCUCGGUAGAUCGGGUCUUCCGCUCAGAAGCUCCUGGGUUUGGUUCAGUCAAAGUGUUCGGAAGCCUCACAGAUUCAAAUCUGGUCCCCACCUUUGACUGUUUACAUAAGGUUUCUGGGAAUGCAAUUAACAGCCAAUCAGAACCAGUCAAGGAACCCAGCCAAACAAGAGUUGAGCCCAGACCUAGUGUCGGGCCUUGGCCCAAACCAGCACCUAGUACCUUCACAAGACCAGGAGACCAAAACAAGCUACAGUUCAACCUCCAAAAGCAACAAUCAGAGUUCAACUUUCCUCAGGUUAAUGAGAACAUUCCAGCUCCUCCAAGAGAUGUGGACAAUGCUUUGGGUCCAUUGAAGAGAUUAACCCACCAGGACAAGAGACCAGGAUACACUCCUGAAAUUUACUUUGAAAGUAAAGUCCUUCCAAUUCCUGCAGCAUUCAACGAGGUUGACCAUUCUGUCAACAUCUAUGAUGAAACUGGAGGUGAGAGCGCGCCUGUCAUUGUUCAGUCUGAGGUACAAAACAUCCGAGUUAAGCCUCAAAGAAGAUUGGCUUUUGAAAAUUCCAGCCAGGAAGUCAUUGACACGUCAAACUACAGUCCCUCAGGCCAUGCCUCUGGUCCAAAGGCAGGUGGCAAACACCAGACACCAAAUCUUCAAGUUAACAGGCACCAUGGGGCAAACACACCAGACAGUGUGGGGAAACCAUCUUCAACAUUGAAAAAAGUCAUUCAAACUGCAAGCAGUCCUUUAUCAGGACCAUCUGGCACUGUGCUUGGAUCGAGCCUUGGAUUCUUGCUACCGGAUCAUGGAAAAAUGUCUGGCAGGGUACCCACCAUUAACAUCCCCAUCAGGAACAACCCAGAUUUCAGCAACAAAGAAUUAACCAAUCACGCCACACCCGGUAAGCAAGCCAUGAAUCCCACUGAAGGCAACCUGGGAUCCAGGGGUUCUUUCAGCAGUCCUGGUGGGACAGCUGUGGACAUGAAGACCUCUGGUAUGUAUGACUGUGACCAGUCUGGUCAGUACUCGGCCAGUGUUCACCAUGGCAUCGUGAGAGCAGCAUACACAAGUUCUUACUCCUAGGGACACGAUUUGAAUAAAAGUUGACUGAAUUUCAAA